AUGGAUAGAAAGCAAAGCAGACGAUCAGAAGUAGAGAAGAGUAUUGAUAGAAAGCAAAGCAGACGAUCAGAAGUAGUGAAGAGUAUGGAUAGAAAGCACAGCAGACGAUCAGGAGUAGAGAAGAGUAUGGAUAGAAAGCACAGCAGACGAUCAGAAGUAGAGAAGAGUAUGGAUAGAAAGCAAAGCAGACGAUCAGAAGUAGAGAAGACUAUGGAUAGAAAGCAAAGCAGACGAUCAGAAGUAGAGAAGAGUAUGGAUAGAAAGCAAAGCAGACGAUCAGAAGUAGAGAAGAGUAUGGAUAGAAAGCAAAGCAGACGAUCAGAAGUAGAGAAGAGUAUGGAUAGAAAGCAAAGCAGACGAUCAGAAGUAGAGAAGAGUAUGGAUAGAAAGCAAAGCAGACGAUCAGAAGUAGAGAAGGGUAUGGAUAGAAAGCAAAGCAGACGAUCAGAAGUACAGAAGAGUAUUGAUAUAAAGUAUGCAGAGGCGACCUUAGGGGGUGGCGAGUGGGGCAACAGCACCUUAGGGGGUGGCGAGUGGGGCAACAGCGCCUUAGGGGGUGGCGAGUGGGGUAACAGCGCCUUUGGGGGUGGCGAGUGGGGCAACAGCGCCUUUGGGGGUGGCGAGUGGGGCAACAGCGCCUUUGGGGGUGGCGAGUGGGGCAACAGCGCCUUUGGGGGUGGCGAGUGGGGCAACAGCGCCUUAGGGGGUGGCGAGUGGGGCAACAGCGCCUUAGGGUGUGGCGAGUGGGGCAACAGCGCCUUAGGCUGUGGCGAGUGGGGCAACAGCGCCUUUGGGGGUGGCGAGUGGGGCAACAGCGCCUUUGGGGGUGGCGAGUGGGGCAACAGCGCCUUUGGGGGUGGCGAGUGGGGCAACAGCGCCUUUGGGGGUGGCGAGUGGGGCAACAGCGCCUUUGGGGGUGGCGAGUGGGGCAACAGCGCCUUUGGGGGUGGCGAGUGGGGCAACAGCGCCUUUGGGGGUGGCGAGUGGGGCAACAGCGCCUUAGGGGGUGGCGAGUGGGGCAACAGCGCCUUAGGGGGUGGCGAGUGGGGCAACAGCGCCUUAGGGUGUGGCGAGUGGGGCAACAGCGCCUUAGGGGGUGGCAUGUGGGGCAACAGCGCCUUAGGGGGUGGCGAGUGGGGCAACAGCGCCUUAGAUAAGGAGAAUUUCUUUUCACCGUGUGUCCAUUGUACACAUAUUCGUGCACUGAGAUGA